CGGGCCCCGGAAGCGCGGAAAGGCCCGGUAUAAAAAAAGUACUGAAGACAUUUCCCCCGCACAACUGCUAAAGCUCCAGAGACCGUAACGUGUGCUGCGGCGGCAGCUGGAGGCGCCACCUCCGGGACCACCGCAGCUGAGGCGACAGCGGCGCGGGCGGGGGCGAGGGGCGGGGGUGGCCAGCGCAGGCGGCGGGGUCUAGGAAGGACUAAGUCGCUCGCUGCUGCCGAGAGCGCACUCGCUCUCCUAGAAGUGUUGCCGCCUCGCGGUUCCUCGCUCGCUGCGCUCCUCGAAGGGGCGGCCGCCUCCAGGUGACACAGACGGGACUCCCGCUUACGCUUUCCAGAUGCAUCAGAGAUACUUUUGGACUGACCAGGGCCAGGUGGCGUUCGGAGGGCACUUCAUGGCGGAAGGCGAAGGGUACUUUGCCAUGGCCGAGGACGAGCUAGCCGGCGGCGCUUACAUCCCCUUGGGCGGCGACUUCGGCGGCGGCGGCGGCGGCGACUUCGGCGGGCACUGCUUGGACUAUUGCGAAAGCCCCACGGCGCACUGCAAUGUGCUGACCUGGGAGCAAGUGCAGCGGCUGGACGGCAUCCUGAGCGAGACCAUCCCGAUCCACGGGCGCGGCAACUUCCCCACGCUCGAGCUGCAGCCGAGCCUGAUCGUGAAGGUGGUGCGGCGGCGCCUGGCCGAGAAGCGUAUCGGCGUCCGCGACGUGCGCCUCAACGGCUCCGCGGCCAGCCACGUUCUGCACCAGGACAGCGGCCUGGGUUACAAGGACCUGGACCUCAUCUUCUGCGCCGACCUGCGUGGAGAAGAGGAGUUUCAGACUGUGAAGGACGUCGUGCUGGACUGCCUGUUGGACUUCUUACCCGAAGGGGUGAACAAAGAGAAGAUUACGCCACUCACGCUGAAGGAAGCUUAUGUGCAGAAAAUGGUUAAAGUGUGCAAUGACUCUGACCGAUGGAGUCUUAUAUCCUUGUCAAACAACAGUGGCAAAAAUGUGGAACUGAAAUUUGUGGAUUCUCUCCGGAGGCAGUUUGAAUUUAGUGUAGAUUCUUUUCAAAUCAAAUUAGACUCUCUUCUCCUCUUUUAUGAAUGUUCAGAGAACCCAAUGACUGAAACAUUUCACCCCACAAUAAUUGGUGAGAGCGUCUAUGGUGAUUUCCACGAAGCCUUUGAUCACCUUUGUAACAAGAUCAUUGCCACCAGGAACCCGGAGGAAAUCAGAGGGGGCGGCCUACUUAAGUACUGCAACCUAUUAGUGAGGGGCUUUAGGCCCGCCUCUGAUGAGAUCAAGACCCUUCAGAGGUAUAUGUGUUCCAGGUUUUUCAUCGACUUCUCAGACAUUGGAGAGCAACAGAGAAAACUGGAGUCCUAUUUGCAGAACCACUUCGUGGGAUUGGAAGACCGCAAGUAUGACUAUCUCAUGACCCUUCAUGGAGUGGUGAAUGAGAGUACAGUGUGCCUGAUGGGACAUGAAAGAAGACAGACUUUAAACCUUAUCACAAUGUUGGCUAUUCGGGUGCUAGCUGACCAAAAUGUCAUCCCUAAUGUGGCUAAUGUCACUUGCUAUUACCAGCCGGCCCCCUAUGUAGCAGAUGCCAACUUCAGCAAUUACUACAUUGCACAGGUCCAGCCAGUAUUCACAUGCCAGCAACAGACAUACUCCACUUGGCUACCCUGCAAUUAAGAAUCAUUUAAAAAUGUCCUGAGGGGAAGCCAUUUCAAACAGGAUAGGGUAAAUAAGUAAAUAACAAAGGCUGAGUGACCCAGCCCCAAUUAAAGAUAUGCUUUGUGCAAUGAAGAUCUGCUCCUGGUUUUAAGCUUGGCAAAGCUUGUGGAUCUUUUCAUAGGUAUGGGAACAUGAUCUCAAAACAUCCCUCCUUACCCACCAACCCUCUCAUCUGUUCCUCCAACCUAGUUGGAUUCUAUCCUGAAACAAAAGAGACCUGUCAUUCAAAACAACCAGGUUCUCCUAAAAUAACAAGGGAAAAAAAAAUGCUUGAUGACAAUAUGGGUUUGCAGUACCUGCUCCCAUAGCUUUGCCAUAGGAAAAAAAAAAAAAAAAGAGUUUCUUAUAAGAUGGAAUUUACAAAAGGGAAAAUACAGAAAAAAGAUCUUACCCCAACCUAAUUAUCAAUUCAGAAGUUCAGAUAGUAACAAUAAUGGAAAGAAAGGGACUCCAAAGUUGGGAUUACUAUCUGAGACUUGCAGCAAGUGCUGUCUGUCAAACUGUCCUAUUACGCUAACAGAAACAGCUUGCUCCAAAUGAACAGUAGUAGGUUGGUGCAGUUCUCAUAGCAAACAGCAGAACUUAAUGACACAAUCCAUUAUUUCCAGCUGUGUACAUAGCCUGCAUUUUUAAAAUAGGAAAAUGCAAGCAAAAACAGCUAUAGCAAAGAAAGUAUGCUCAAGGACCAAAGAUUUAACAGAUAAAAAUACCCAAGUAGAAGAGAUAUAAUAGAAUAUAUAAAGAGUUAACUAUAUUUGUUACACACCAAUAAACAUCAAAGUGCCUGUUGCCUUCUGAAAAUUUGAAGUGGAAAAAUUUUAUGGUUUAAUGAUUAUUUUAUUUUAUCAGGGACUCGAGGAAAAUAAAACAACAUAUAAGCUUGUGAAUGGUGGAGGAAAUGCCCUAUUUUUUCUUGGCAAAUACUUGUAUAAAGUUAACAUUGUUGGUGUAAUAUUAUUAUAGGUACAUGUGUAUGUGUGUGUACAUGAUGUGCAUAUAGAUAUACAUAUUUGGGACAUGUAUAUCUAUAUACACAUAAUACAUUGACUAUGGUCUAGAAUAAUGUAGCAAAUAGAAAAUGUUUAAAUACUGUGUGCUUUUAUGUUUUCAGCAGGAUGACAUGAGACGUGGGCAUAUUGCAGUGAUGAGUUAAAACCCACAUCUAAAAAAUUAAAACAAAUGAAGGAGGAAAACAAUUAAUAUAUAUGAUAGGAAGAGCAGAGAUUAUACAUUUUUAGUGAGUUUUUUUUUCUUUUUUUUUGUGAGCCAUAGAAUUCUACAAAUGGGAGAAUAUUUGUUUGGCAGAGCACUCUUUUUGUACUGAACUGCCAUUUUGACAGUAGAAACCCUUUUAUUUUGUGUAGUACUUGCAUGCCUCCAUGGUGUAUAAUCCAGUGGAUCAUGGAACAGUCCAUUUAAAUCCCUGACUGCUAAUAAAAUUUCUGGUGAUUUGAACACUACUUAUUAAUAUUUAAAUGAAUUUUUUAAUGAAUGCAUUCUGCAUUCCAGGACCACUAGAAUUUAGUAAAUGUGAAAUGACCCUUUUUAAAGAGUAUUUGCACAAUUGCUUAAAAUUUAUAUAUGAGAUAUAUAUUACAUAUACAAUUUUAUAAAUUCAUGCCAAUAUGAAACACAUUAGAUCUGGUUGUCACACUGCAUUUAAAUACUUAGUACUGUACUUUAAAUUCAGUCACUUUGCAUUGAAUCAGAUCCAACUCUAUUAUCUCUUUCCCAAGAGACCAGUUAAAUCUUUGUGAAAUGAACUGGCAUUACCAUUUCAGUUCAGUGACGGCUAAUUCUAAAACCGUUCCUUUUCCCAGAUCUGAAUUCCUUUGGACACUGGUCUCUGAAAAUGCGUUUGUUAAAAACAAAACUAACACAUGCAAAACUUUCUUUGUAUUGUGAAAUAGCCACAUAAUUCCUACCAACUCUAGUGGAUGACUGCUUAGUAUGAUAAUUCCUCUGAAGAACCUACCAGAUUUUUGUCAUCAAAUUCAAGAGGGACUGAGAAAGAAAAUAGCAUCAUCCUAUUGGCAGUGUCGUUUGUUUGUUAUCUAGGCAUCACCCAGAUGCUCAAUUGUAGGGUUGAUCUAUCGGAAACUACCUUUUGCACAUCUUUCUUUGAAGCCUUAACAUGAACUUGAUGGGUUUGCUGUGGCAGCUUCCCUGUGAAUUCUGUCUGAGCUGUAACAGCUACUGCACUGCCAGUCACUGUUUCCUAGGGAACUCUUUUCUCCCAUGUUGGCUCAUUCUCCCUCACUCCAGCCCUGGGUUUGAAGAUUAAUUGUGAAUUCCCCGGAAAUGAUUCCAUUUGCAGAUUAAGCCUCAUUCUUAACUAUCAGAAGCCACAGCUCCACCUGUUUACCUGUUUGGAGUUUCCUAAAAGAAAACUAAGGGAACACUUGGGAACAUAGGAGCAGAUGGAGAUCUGCUUUCUUCCUUCUCAUUCUCUUUGACAAGUGAGUUGUCCACUAUAUUAACAAGAAUCUGGAGAUCUCUGGCUCUGCCAUAGCAACAAUCUGCUGUUAAUUUAUGACACGGAUUUUUGUUUAGGGCCUUAUUUGAAAAUAUACUUUCCAUUUUCUGAAGUAUUUAUGUUCUUUUCCUGCUUAUUCCAGGGUUGGUAGCAUAGUUGGAAGUGCCAACACCUGGCAUUCAGAUAGAACAGGCUGUGCUCAAGACAACCUUCAGCAGUACUUUAAAACUUACAUAAUUUAUUUCUCUUUUGUACGUACUAUAGUCUUGUGCAUAUGUAGUUGAACAAACAGUGGAAUAUAUGUCUCUCUUUGUGGAUGUGUAACCUAAAAGUUUGAAUGUCUGGUGAGAGAGAGCCGUGUGUAUAAGUCAGAGAAAAGAACAGCUCUCAACUCCUGAUUAGUGCCUGUGAUUUGCUUGCUUUUGUGUUUAUCUGGCCUAGCGUGCUGUUAACUUUAAAGCAGGAAGAAGUUUUAUCUUCUGGAGGCGCGCGUCUCACCUGUCUAGUUUGGCAUGUCAGAGAACGUUUGACCUGUGACAGUGCCCUUUAAAAAAGUUGAUAUGCAGUAAAUCUGGUUGCCUCAAGGAGUCCUACAUUGAGAUGGACUUUUUCCUUCUUGAAGUGUGAUCAAGUAGCUGCUCCCUUCGGUAGUGGGUGGACUAUUUUAAUGUGGCUCCAAAUGAGCCUAGGAUGGAAGAAUAUCUGUAAGCCAAGCCAUGGAAGAAACUUAAAAAAAAAAAAAAAAAAAAAGUGAACAUCCUAUUUUUGCCACCCCUUUCUGUUAGCUUAUCGUUGGUUGCUUUACUGUGCAUAAAGUUGUUUUCAAUGCAGUGCUUGUCAAAUAAAUAUUGUGAACUAUUUUGUAAAUGAAAUGUAAUAUGUUGAAAGUUGUCAGCAGUUCAAAAAUAAGCUUUUUCUGUUGUUUAAAGACAGUGUAUUACAUGAAACCAAAAACUGAAAAAAAAAAAUCGUAUAUAGCACCUAUUUAAAUAUAAUCUUUCUUUAAGAUUUCUCAUAGCAUAGCCUUUUCAGUGCCAAGAAAGCAUCUCUAUGUAAUAUUUUGUUGUAAUAAUGGCUUGCUAACAAAAUACAUGGAAAAAAUACAAAGUUGGAAGAUGUCAAGGUAACUUGGCAAAAUUUGCUGCAAAGACUUGCAGAAUGGAGAAGGCUCUGCCCACUGGCUCUCUCUCACUCUUCAACCUCUCUACAACCGUUGCCUGCUCUGAGAUGUCCUAUUGCAGCAAGCUGCACCUUGGGUCACUCUUUUGGAAUCUUCUGACUUUAGACUGUGUCACAGGCAGAAAAGGAGUUGAUGGAGAAUGAACUUUUUAAAAACUGACAUGUUUGAAUCAGUGCUGGAGGGAACAGAUUGUGAAUUUUGUUUACAGCAUCCAAUAUUUGGAUUUUUUUUUCUUGUAAAUAAAAAGAAGUUAUUUUUUUCUAUUGAGUUGUGUCUUUUAUCUUUGGCGUCUGUUCUGGCUAAAGACUGUGUCCUCUGAAUCCCAGCUUGAGUCCAUGAGAAAAGACAAGGUAAUAUUUGGGGAAAAAAUAGCCUUCGCAAAUUUUUAAUUACAGUAACAUUAAAAUGUUCAGCUUUCAGCCAGCCUAUCUCUCACUAGCUCAAUUAGCUCCAAAACAGUCUAGCUAAUGAGUGCCAAAUUUUUUUAACUGGGUCUGAACUUAGUGUUAACUAACCCGGAAGUCAGACGAGUUUUCCACCAUCAGUAGAGACUCACGGCUCUGGAUUACAGGGCUCCAGUAACCUUAAAUGGGCCUUGGUUUUCAUGAGUAGCUCAAGUGCUGUGAUAAAGUCAUCAGUGGUUGUUUAUGGUUUUAGGCUCUAUAAUAUUGUCCAGAAGUGUUUACAUUCUGAAUUGAGAGAAGGGGAAUAAGAAUUGGAAGCUGGUAAUUGGAAGGGGAAGUGGAAGGAAGAGCAAUCAUAGGAUCUAAUAAGUUAUAGUUUGAGUGCAUGUGAGUGUUGGGUGCCAAAAAACCGCCCCUUUGACUGAUACUCAACAUACUCUCACUAGUUUGGAUCACCAGGGACAUAUGUUUAUUUAUUAAUUUUUUUUUUCUUCAUGUAAUUUUGGAGAUUUUCUCCAUUAGUAGCAUGAGAAUUUGGUAAGCCUGGGCUAUUAUAGGACAUACUUGUGAUUUUUAAAGCCAUUUAAAGUCCUGAUGUUGGAUAAAUGCAUGCUUGCACUGCAUCUAUGAACGAGCCACUCCUGUUAUUAAAAUGCAGUUUCCCUCACAUAUAUUUCAUUAAAAAUACAAGGCAGUUAUUUGAUUUGAUAAUGUGUCAUUCUCUUUGUUUCAACCUCUUCAUCCUUCUGUAACUCGUCUCUCACAUGUCUGUGGUCAUCAUAUAAUUCUUUCUAAGCAAGGGUUGAAUAAGGACAGUGCAUAUUAAGCUUUUCCUAGACUUAGAUACACCCUGCUAUUUCUAGUUGAAUUACCAGGCUGCACCUAGCUAAGCCUGGGUAGAAGUAACCCACCCUUUUUUUCCUUAGGAAGCUCAUUCUCCAACCAUUUUGUUUCUUUCAGAAGAAAAACAAAAAUUAAUACCCAAAAAAGCAAAAAAAA